GGUGCGCCUUCCGGUCCGCCUCCCGAGGCAGGAAGUGCCGGGCGCCGCCUCUGUCGCGCCACAGCCCCGCGGUCGUCGUAGUCGCCUGUCGUCUCGUGCAGGACAGCCCGCGUUCUGGUGUCUGGCGGCGAAAUGAUGGUGUUACUACAUUGAGCCUGUAUCUGCUCUGUUCAAAGCUGCACCAUUGAGCCAAGCUUCAGAACACCCAAGUGGAGUAUUUUAUAGAUGGAAAAAAGAGAAGGAAACAAAAUUAAGCAGCCACCAUGUCGAGCAAAAAGGCAAAGACCAAGACCACCAAGAAGCGCCCUCAGCGCGCAACAUCCAAUGUGUUCGCCAUGUUUGACCAGUCGCAGAUUCAGGAGUUUAAAGAGGCCUUCAACAUGAUUGAUCAGAACAGAGAUGGUUUCAUUGACAAGGAAGAUUUGCAUGAUAUGCUCGCUUCUCUAGGGAAGAAUCCAACUGAUGCAUACCUUGAUGCCAUGAUGAAUGAGGCUCCAGGGCCCAUAAAUUUCACCAUGUUCCUCACAAUGUUUGGUGAGAAGUUAAAUGGCACAGAUCCAGAAGAUGUCAUCAGAAAUGCUUUUGCUUGCUUUGAUGAAGAAGCAACUGGCACCAUUCAGGAAGAUUACCUGAGAGAGCUGCUUACAACAAUGGGAGAUCGGUUUACAGAUGAGGAAGUGGAUGAGCUGUACAGAGAAGCACCUAUUGACAAAAAGGGAAAUUUCAAUUACAUUGAGUUCACACGCAUCCUUAAACAUGGAGCUAAAGAUAAAGAUGACUGAGAGAACUUUAGCUAACUCCUUCCAAUUACUUUGUCUUACUCUGUUUUAUUUCCUCGACACUUUCCCCCAUCCUCACAGACCUGUUGCAUGCAACUUAGUUUCACAGCUUUGCCUCUUUUUUUUUUUUAUGUAUUUAUUCUAGACUUUUCUGCCACUUAGCACUUGUAUAAUCAGACUGAAGAUGGGGAUAAGGUUGUAAAUUGUGUUGAAAAAGAGUUUGCAAAUAAAAAUCAACCAAUGUGAAAGCCCAGGAAAAUAUAUUUGGUAUUUCUAGUUUUGCUGGAUUUUUACAUUUUUAUAUAAUAAAAAUGCUAUUUUGAAAUAAA